GGUUUCAUUGGACCUCCCCGAUACUCCCUGAAGCUGUGGAGAUUGUCUGAUUGGCCACCAGAAGGCUCUAAACAUCAAGCAUCCUUCACCAUCCUCCAGAAACAGCAUAAAGCCAAGUUCUGCUCUUUCAUCUUAAUGCAUCUGUGUGGCUGACACUGAUCCAAGGGCUGUUCUACCUAGAGCUUCCUCUGACCUGUUACAGAAGCUCCCAGUCCACCCUCUGCCAUGAAAAUCCUUUCCUUCCUCUUCGCUCUCCUCUUGGUGGUGUUUUACGGAGCUGCAGGCAUUGCAAAACCUACAGGACCUUUUAUGCGAUGUGGAUAUCGUGGGACUUUCUGCUACCCCGGGAUAUGCCCUCGGGGCAACAUUUACCUGGGAGUAUGUCGUUUGGGGCAUUCUUGCUGUAGAUGGUGA